GGCGUCCAAUGUAUCUGCGUCUAAUGCCUCAACAUCUGUAUCAAAUACUACAACGACGACCGCAGUAAAUCUUAAUGGUACACAGUCGACUAUGUCUAGUGCAGCAACAGCUAACCAAACCAAUUCUACCACAUCAACGGCGCCAACACCAACAGGAUCAGCAUCUGUGGCGUCUAAUACAACAUUUAGUACAACCCCGUCGACGUCUGCAUCGACAUUAUCAAGUACAGUUAGAGCGUCCAAUACGACGACUCUUCCAACAACUAACACUGCAAUCCCGUCUAAUAAGACAGCGACUACUAUUCAAAACUCAGUUACCACAACUCCCACAUCCAAUUCAACAUUGUCCUCGGUAUCUGCGUCAACUACGUCUACAACGUCUAACAACACAGUUCGAUCAAAUGCAACUGCUACAUCAGUUCUCCCAGCAACAGCACACCCAGCUAAUGCUACUACUGUGACGACGAAAACAUCAGCUAACAGUACAACACCAACGUUGUCAACAAUUCUAACAACACCAACGGCAACGACAUCAACUUCAGGAGUUCCAGUGAAAGUCACAGUUGACAACCCGGAAGUGAAGAUAACAAUGCCAUUAUUGAGACUCAAAUGUGUCGUCACUGGGGAGCCAAAACCUAACACGACAUGGCACAAGCUGGACGGACCAGAUAUUUGGGGAAACGGGAAUAAUGUUUACAACUUUGGAGAUGAGCUUCUGUUCCUGGGAGUCGAUCCUGGUAACGUCUUAAGGUUGUCUGGGGUGUACAUCUGUAAUGCAACAAACGGCGUGACAUCGGCAGCCGGCUACCUAGUGGUUUCCAGAUUGGUGACAGCCUCGAUUACAUGUACAGUGCCAUUUGUCACACAUACACCCGGCGUGUCAAUCAAAAUCACCUGCCCUGCAUCAUGUUCAGGCACGAACGUAGUGAAUGGUACCUCGAAUCAGUAUUCACCGAAGGAACCCCUGUGUCCAUCUGCUAUCCACUCCGGGGUCAUAGACAGUAAGGGUGGUGACGUCAUCUUCGUAAUACGAAACAACGGCAAGGCACAGUUCAUUGAUACAAAGUCAGGACCUAUAGUGAUUUGAAGACUUUUAAAAUGGCUCGAUUUGUAAGAUGGAUUCAGCAUGAAUCCAGCGUGCGAUGAAGGUGUAAUUCAAUGUUAAAGGGACAGACCUAGUUUUUAAACACUAAGGCAUAUUUUUUUCACCUAGAUCCUAGUUUCAACCCGUAAA